CGCUACACCCAGCAGCAGGCUGCGGGGAGCAGGCGCACAUGGGAAUUGAAGGCAGAUCGCUGACCGUGCCGCCCGCCGUCACUUGCCGAGCACGCACCGGGGUAGCCGACACCGCCGCGCACCACCGCUCCGUUCCUCUCCUCUCGAGCUGCCCACCUCAGUCACAUGCGAGAGCCGCCGGCUGCGGCAGCUCAGCCUCAGCGCUCCCCAACCCAAGGAACGCACCAAAAACGCCCUCCCCUCCCGGACCCCCAACUCGCCUCGCUCGCGCUCGGCGGCGUCUCCGCGCUCCCGCACUCACGCACGCUUCCCUUCCCCACCCACGCGGACGCGGCCACGCUAAGCUAGCAUAGCAGAGCCACCCUCUCCCUCCCUCCCUCCCUCCCUCCCUCCGCGCCGCAGCGUUCGUUUCGUUUCGUUACUCGUUCAUCAGAUCCAACGGAGAGGUGGGGGGAGGUGCCAUGCCCACGCCGUCGCCGCCGCCGCUCCGCGUGGCGGCGCUGCUGCUCUGCUACCUCUGCCUCUCCCUCCUUCCCCUCCUCGCCUCCUCCGAGCCCGACGCCGACAAGGCGGCGCUGCUAGCGUUCCUCUCCAGCGUGGGCCGGGGCGCCACACCGCGCGCCCGCAUCAACUGGCCCACCACCCCGCUCGCCUGCUUCAGCUCCGCCUCCGGUGCCCCCGGCUGGACGGGGGUCACCUGCAGCGCGGACGGCGCCCGCGUCGUGGCGCUGCACCUCCCGGGUCUCGGCCUCUCGGGCGCGGUCCCGCAGGGCACGCUGGGCAACCUCACCGCGCUGCAGCUACUCAGCCUGCGCUCCAACAACCUCUCCGGCCCGUUCCCCGCCGACCUCCUCCGCCUCCCCGCGCUCACGGGCCUCCACCUCCACCGCAACGCCUUCUCCGGCGCGCUCCCGCCCGGACUCGCGGGGCUCGCGGGCCUCCAGGUGCUCGACCUCUCCUUCAACGGCUUCGACGGCGGCAUCCCGCCCGACCUCGCCAACCUGACCAACCUCGUCGCGCUCAACCUCUCCAACAACUCGCUCUCUGGCCGCGUACCGGACCUCGGCCUCCCCGCGCUCAAGUUCGUCAACCUCUCCAACAAUCACCUCGAUGGGCCGUUGCCCGCGUCCCUCCUCCGGUUCGCGGACGCUUCCUUUGCUGGCAACAACCUGACGCGCCCGCUGGCUCCGGCGCCGCCGGUUGUUCUCCCUCCUCCGUCUUCUGGCCUCGCCCCGCCUUCCGCCGCCACGAGCGCGAGGAGGCGGGUCAGGCUCAGCGAGGCGGCCAUCCUCGCCAUUGCCGUCGGAGGCUGCGUCGUCGUGUUCGCCCUCGCCGCGGUCAUACUCAUCGCCUUCUGCAACAGGGAGGGCCGUGAUGACGAGACAGGGAGCGACGGCGGCGUGGUUGUCGGGAAGGGCGGCGGGGAUAAGAAGGGGAGGGAGUCGCCCGAGUCCAAGGCCGUCAUUGGCAAGGCCGGGGACGGUAACCGGAUGGUCUUCUUCGAGGGCCCGUCGCUGGCGUUCGACCUGGAGGACCUGCUCCGCGCCUCCGCCGAGGUCCUUGGCAAGGGCGCCUUCGGGACGGCGUACCGGGCCGUGCUGGAGGACGCCACCACCGUCGUCGUCAAGAGGCUCAAGGAGGUGAACGCCGGCCGCCGCGACUUUGAGCAGCAGAUGGAGCUGGUUGGCCGGAUUCGACAUGACAACGUCGUCGAGCUCCGCGCCUACUACUACUCCAAGGACGAGAAGCUGCUCGUGUACGAUUACUACAGCAGGGGAAGUGUAUCCAACAUGCUUCAUGGGAAGAGGGGAGAGGACAGAAUGCCAUUGGACUGGGAAACCAGAUUAAAGAUUGCCGUGGGAGCAGCAAGAGGAGUUGCACACAUUCACACCGAGAACAACGGGAGAUUUGUUCAUGGCAACAUCAAGGCCUCCAAUGUGUUCAUCAACAAGCACGAAUAUGGCUGCAUCUCAGACCUCGGCCUGGCAUUGCUGAUGAACCCGAUCACAGCAAGGUCCCGUUCUCUUGGGUACUGUGCGCCAGAGGUCGCCGACACGAGGAAAGCAUCGCAGUCUUCAGAUGUCUACAGCUUCGGCGUCUUCAUACUGGAGCUCCUCACGGGGAAGUCGCCUGUCCAGAUAACCGGCGGUGGCAAUGAGGUGGUCCACCUGGUGAGGUGGGUGCAGUCGGUGGUCCGUGAGGAGUGGACCGCCGAGGUGUUCGACGGUGAGCUGUUGCGGUACCCCAACAUCGAGGAGGAGAUGGUGGAGAUGCUCCAGAUCGCGAUGGCGUGUGUGUCGAGGACCCCCGAGCGGCGGCCCAAGAUGGCGGACGUGGUGAGGACGAUCGAGGAGGUGCGGCGGAGCGACACCGGGACGCGGCCGUCCACUGAGGCCUCCACUCCGGCAGCCAUUGAAGCAGCCCAGAACUGGGCAGAAAGCUCAUCGGCUGCGCAGGAACGGUGAGAGUUCGUCCACCGGACGCUCGCAGCCGCAGCUGCUGAUUCGUAGCUUCUUGUGUUUUGCUUUUCCACGGUAGGAGCACGGAUGGUCGAUCCUGUGCUUUUGGCGGGUGCUGUACCAUUCAUUCUUUUGUGUUAAGAUUCGGUGUUACGAAAUUGUAACAGAAUGUCACGUGGACACGGCGGUCCGAUUUGGCAGCAAUUGCUCACUGCUGAUUACUAUCUCUUAAGCGAAGGAAGAAAAGCAGCUGUCUGAUCUGCUGACACUCCGUUUUGUUC